CCCACCCCCAGCCCACCCCCGUGCCAUCUGCCGCGUCGGUGUCUAUUAGUAUUUUCACUUUCCUCCUCUGGAGCCAAGGCUGCAAAAAAAAGCUCGUCUAUUGAGGUCCUGGUCAAGCUGUUGGUUCUCUCUUGUUUUUCAGAAAACCAGGAACUGAGAAUCAUGGCUGCGAAGCCCAUACUGUACUACUUUGAUGGCAGAGGGAGAAUGGAAUCGGUGCGCUGGCUCCUUGCAGCUGCUGGGGUGGAGUAUGAAGAAGUGCUUUUCAAAACAGCUGAAGAUUUUGACAAUUUAAUUAAGAGUGGAAAACUAAUGUAUGACCAAGUGCCAAUGGUUGAAAUGGAUGGAAUGUACAUAGUACAAACCAGAGCCAUCCUGAAAUAUAUAGCUACAAAGUACAACUUGUAUGGGCAGGACCUGAAGGAGAGAGCAAUUAUUGACAUGUAUGUGGAAGGGAUGAGGGAUCUGAAUGACAUGAUGAUAUACUUCCCAUUUUCUUUGCCUGAACAAAAACAAAAGAUUUUAAACUAUAUCCUGGAGAGAGCCACUGAAAGAUUCUUUCCAGUGUAUGAGAAGGCAUUAAAAGACCAUGGGAAAAAUUAUCUUCUUGGCAACCAGUUGAGCUGGGCAGAUGUACAGCUGAUUGAAGUCAUCCUAAUGGUUGAAGAACUCAAGUCUGGCAUUCUCUCUGCAUUCCCUAAGCUUCAGGAGUUCAAAGCUAGAGUCAGUAAGCUCCCCAAUAUUCAGAAAUUCCUUCAGCCUGGUAGUCCAAGAAAGCCACAAGAGGAUGAAACAACUGUGGAAGUUGUAAAGAAGAUAUUCAAGGGCGAAGACGACUUGUUUCUUCAACACAUGUGAAUAUUCAGCUCAAGGAAAGAGUUCUGAAGAGCACAAUUGAUGUUUUAGUUUCUAUCUGUAGUCAUGCUCACAGAAAUACUAGGAUGUGCUCCUGUGACAUUCCUAGGUUCAAUAACUAGCAAAUAUGAUUUCUCCCUAUAGAGGUUAUUGUAAAUCAGAAAACCUAAUCUUUACAUUGCUUAUUAUAAAACCUCAUUUAAUGAGAAUCUUACCUUACUCAGGGUUGUAGAAUCAUAGAUUAUGUUCUCAUUUUUAUUCCAAAUAUAAUAGAUAGCUAGAAGAGA